CAAUUAGUUACAGGUACACGAUGACAAACCUGUUAAGUUACAACGGUGGAGAAAUUGGGGCUUCUAAAAAUCCCAUGAAUUACACUAUUAAUUAUGUCCCAAGUCUGAUUUUGACAGGCAUAAGUAGUUCUUUGUCAAUAUUGGGAUCUGUGUUUAUUUUUCUUCAAUUCUUUAUUGAGAGAAGGAGGAGUUUUACCUACCGCCUGUUGGUGUUCCUGACACUCGCCGACUGUCUCAGUGCAUUUGGAAAUAUACUUGGUGUAAUUCGGUAUGCGGAGUUCGAUCGUGAUGUAGUGAUCAGCGAGAAUGAACCAUGUGAUUCGGAUCCUCUCUGUGUUAUACAAAGUUUCAUAACGGUUUUUGCCUGUUUAGCCUCGUUUUGGUGGACCUUUUUUACAGCAUUCAAUCAUUUCCUUCAUCAGCUUGACAGCCGCUGUUUGGAAAAAAAUAGCGUACAUGUCCUGUGUCAUUUAUGCGGAUGGGGCUGUCCUGUGACCAUAGCCGUCAUUGCGCUUUCUUACGAUGUUUUGGGAGAGGGAUUCUCCGGUGGUAGCGGUCCCUGGUGUUGGAUCAAGGACUGUACAUCCUCAUCACCCAGCCCUGGAGCCUGGAUGGCAAUUACUGGGAAGGGAUGGGAAAUAACGGCUUACUUUGUCACAUUCGCGAUCUACAUGCUCUCAAAAUUUAACAAUUAUCGUUUCCAAAGGUCAAGGAUACGAUAUCGGCAUUCAAGAAAGAUUUUUUGCAGGACCAGCUACUUCUACCAGAGCCACAUUCUAGCACUUCUUAUGGAUCGCUAUCGAUGGAAGGACAUUCUGUGAACCAGGAUGUACAAGAGGACGAAAGGUUCGGUUUGCUGUGGAUAUUCCUGUACAUGUACCUUACCCGAGUGUGGGGAACUAUCAGGUAUAUCAUCUUUCUUACCCACGAUGGAUCGUCGUACCGGUCUUUCUUUAAUAAAUUUGAUGACGGUUUGUUUUAUCUUCAAAGCAUAGGAGACAGUGCACAAGCCUUCGUAAAUUUCUUAGGGUUUGUUGUGUUGCCGAAAUGGAAGAACUUUACAGAAAAUCGACUAUGACUAAGGGGGAAAAGGAAAUUAUUGAAUCCUUUACCUUAUUGAGUGUAAAUGGAUUACUUAGAAACGAUUAAUGAAGUUAUGUUCAUAUAAAAUUUCACUGAAGCUGCGUUUAAUGAAUAAAGAAGGUCUACAUAAUGUAAACCUUGGCUUCAUACAUGUAUAUAUGACAAACAUAAAUUGCAAAAUAAUGAAGAUUUUUGGUUGGUUGUUAUACAUCCCAUCGAGAAUUUUUUUUAAUUUUUUGUAUUGUAUCAGAAGGAUUGUUUACUUUGGUUUGUUACUAAGAAUUUCCUUGAAUUAAACCAUGGUUAGGUUACCAAGCUACAAAUGAAUAGGCUGCAUCUUUUUCAUAAUACUCUUCACCUUAAUGUUUUUGUUUGUUAUUGCUUUUAUAACUUUAAGAAUGUUUCACUUAUAUUGAGAUGUCACCAGUUGUAGGUAAAGUACUACAAAUUUAGACCUAUGCUGAGCGCUCAACGCUUCAGCAGAGAGGAUUCUAUAACGUGCCAACGCCUGUCGCUCAUGGCCGUAGCACAGUGAGGUUCUGUAAAGCAUCCUGAAAUUUUAUUUUAUUGUAUAAAUGUGCUAUUGUGAUAGUUCUGUAAGUAACAUUAACCAUUAUUAUUAAUAAAUUUAAAAACUAGUC